AUGUGUGGGAAAUCUUUUGCUCAGGCAGGCAGUUUCAAGUUACAUUUAUUAAUUCACACUGGACAGAAACCUCACAAAUGUGAGGUUUGUGGGAGAUGUUUUGCUUUGUCAAACAGUCUGAAGACACACGAAUUAAUUCACACUGGAAAGAAACCGAGGGAAUGUGAAGUUUGUGGGAAAUCUUUUGCUAGAGCAAGCUGCCUAAAAAGACACUCAUUAAUUCACACCGGAAAGAAACCUCACAAAUGUGAGAUUUGUGGGAGGUGUUUGUCUUCAUCUCACAAUCUCAAGACACAUGAAUUAAUUCACACUGGACAGAAACCUCACAAAUGUGAGAUUUGUGGGAGGUGUUUGUCUUCGUCUCACAGUCUCAAGACACACGAAUUAAUUCACACUGGACAGAAACCUCAUAAAUGUGAGAUGUGUGGGAAAUCUUUCGCUCAGGCAGGCAGUCUCAAGUUACAUUUAUUAAUUCACACUGGACAGAAACCACACAAAUGUGCGGUUUGUGGGAGAUGUUUUGCUUUGUCAAACCGUCUCAAGACACACGAAUUAAUUCACACUGGAAAGAAACCUAGGAAAUGUGAAAUUUGUGGGAAAUCUUUUGGUAGAGCAAGCAGUCUAAAAAGACACUCAUUAAUUCACACUGGAAAGAAACCUCACAAAUGUGAGAUUUGUGGGAGGUGUUUGUCUUCGGCUCACAAUCUCAAGACACAUGAAUUAAUUCACGCUGCAAAGAAACCACACAAAUGUGAGAUUUGUGGGAAAUCUUUUGUUAGGUCAGCCGAUCUCAAGAGACAUGGAUUAAUUCACACUGGAAAGAAACCUCAAAAAUGUGAGCUGUGUGGGAAAUCUUUUGCUCAGGCAGGCAAUCUCAAGUUACACUUAUUAAUUCACACUGGAAGGAAACCACACAAAUGCGAUAUUUGUGGGAAAUCUUUUGCUAGGUCAGGCGAUCUCAAGACACAUGCAUUAGAACACAUUGGAAGGGGACAUCACAAAUGUGGUAUCUGUGCCAAAAGUUUCACUCAAUUGGGUACUCUCAAGACACAUGCAUUACUUCACAUAAGAAAGAAAGUACAAGUAAGUGUUAGUUUACACAAAUAGGUUUUCCUGGUUUGUGCCCUCAAGGCCUGUAAAAUAAUGGAUGUAACAGGGGGACAAUAAAUUGUAAUGCCUGUGAAAUAACAUUAAAAUGUGUUAGAAAAGAAGUGUGCAAUGAUACGUACUAUAGAGUGGUAAGAGGUAAUGUGACAAUAUAAAAAUCUAUAUCAG